AUGCACUCCAGUCUGGUCAGGAUCCAGAAUGUCUUUGGCUUCUUCACAUCCGUCGCCUUCACCGUCGCGGCCGUCAUCGCCGUGAGCGUGGUGCUGAGCCCGCAGACGCCCGAGGCCAGCCUGGAGCUCAAGAACGUCAAGGUGUAUGUCGACAUCGGCGACGACCUUCACCUGGAGUGGAUCCGUGACAUGUGCUGAUCCGACUCCUGUAGCGCAAAAGGUCGACCACACUACUACAGCACCAAACGCGAAGAAUAUGCUCAUGUAACAUUCAACCUCGACACAGGCACGUCCAACUACUACUACCACUCACCGUCUCCUGCAGUCUCACUGACCCUUCAAUACACCAGACCUCACCUCCCUCUUCAACUGGAACACCAAACAAAUCUUCCUCUACAUCACGGCCUCCUACCCCUCCAAAUCUCCCUCCACAAUCCCACCGUCCGAAGCCGUAAUCUGGGACGCCAUCAUCCCCGCCGACAACGCCCCCUGGCACCAAAACACCUACAUUCACCCCCCGCCCAAAGGAACAAAAGCGCCCUCCAAGCGCUCAAAGCUCGGCAAACCCUACCCAGCCGGCGCCUCCCCGGGCAUCGUGCGUCUGAAAGACCAGAGACCGAAGUAUCAGAUCACGGACAUCAGCGGCAAGAUGGCGGAGCGGGAGAAUGCCACGUUGACGCUGCAUUGGAAUGUCCAGCCGUGGGUGGGCCUCUUGACGUGGGCGAAUACCAGGACGUAUGGGAGGUGGGAGGGGCUGCAGGGUGGGAAAAGUGAGACGUUUACGUUUCCCGCGUUGAAGGGGAGUGAGACGGUUAAGAAGGAAGAACUCAAGACCGAGACGGGUGGGGAGAGGAAUCGGGGAUCUCCUGCCUGA